CUGGCGAGGCUGGGAGGCUCUGUGAGUCGCUGGAAGGAGCAGCUCAGCUCGGUUGCCUUAGUCUCUGUGGGCAGCAUCAGCAGGAGGAGGCAGCGGCAGCGGCAGUGGGGAGAAGAGGGAGGUGUGCAAGCCACGCUCCGCCAGCUAUUCCCUCCACGCUGCUUUGCCUGCCAGUGCCCAGGCUGUCCUCGCCAGCAUGGCCCUGCUCGUCCACCUCAAGACCGUCUCGGAGCUGCGGGGCAGGGGCGACCGGAUUGCCAAAGUGACUUUCCGAGGGCAGUCCUUCUACUCCCGGGUCCUGGAGAACUGCGAGGAUGUGGCUGACUUCGAUGAGACGUUCCGGUGGCCAGUGGCCAGCAACAUUGACAGAACCGAGAUGCUCGAGAUUCAGAUUUUCAACUACAGCAAAGUCUUCAGCAACAAGCUGAUCGGGACUUUCCGCAUGGUGCUGCAGAAGGUGGUGGAGGAGAACCACGUGGAGGUGACCGAGACUCUGAUCGAUGACAACAAUGCUAUCAUCAAGACCAGCCUGUGUGUGGAGGUUCGAUAUCAGGCGACAGACGGCCAGGUGGGCUCCUGGGAUGACGGAGACUUCCUGGGAGAUGAGUCUCUUCAAGAGGAAGAGAAGGACAGCCAGGAGACGGAUGGGCUGCUCCCUGGAUCCCGCCCCAGCUCCCGGCCACCAGGCGAGAAGAGCUUCCGGAGCAAAGGCAGAGAGAAGACCAAGGGAGGCAGAGAUGGCGAGCACAAAGCCGGGAGGAGCGUGUUCUCCGCCAUGAAGCUCGGCAAGAACCGGCCCCACAAGGAGGACCCCCAAAGACAAGAUGAACCAGCAGUGCUGGAGAUGGAGGACCUUGACCACUUGGCCAUUCGACUGGGAGAUGGGCUGGAUCCUGACUCAGUGUCUCUGGCCUCAGUCACUGCCCUCACCACCAAUGUCUCCAACAAGCGAUCUAAGCCAGACAUCAAGAUGGAGCCAAGUGCCGGGAGGCCCAUGGAUUACCAGGUCAGCAUCACAGUGAUCGAGGCUCGGCAGCUGGUGGGCUUGAACAUGGACCCUGUGGUGUGCGUGGAGGUGGGCGACGACAAGAAGUACACAUCCAUGAAGGAGUCCACCAACUGCCCCUACUACAACGAGUACUUCGUCUUCGACUUCCAUGUCUCUCCUGACAUCAUGUUCGACAAGAUCCUCAAGAUCUCGGUGAUUCACUCCAAGAAUCUGCUGCGCAGUGGCACCCUGGUGGGCUCCUUCAAAAUGGACGUGGGGACUGUGUACGCCCAGCCUGAGCACCAGUUCUAUCACAAGUGGGCCAUCCUGUCAGACCCCGAUGACAUCUCUGCCGGGCUGAAGGGUUAUGUGAAGUGUGACGUCGCUGUGGUGGGCAAGGGGGACAACAUCAAGACACCUCACAAAGCCAAUGAGACAGAAGAAGAUGACAUUGAGGGGAACUUGCUGCUCCCUGAGGGGGUGCCCGCAGAACGCCAGUGGGCCCGGUUCUACGUGAAAAUUUACCGUGCGGAGGGGCUGCCCCGAAUGAACACCAGCCUCAUGGCCAACGUGAAGAAGGCUUUCAUCGGUGAAAACAAGGACCUCGUCGACCCCUACGUGCAAGUCUUCUUUGCUGGCCAGAAGGGCAAGACUUCGGUGCAGAAAAGCAGCUAUGAGCCCCUGUGGAACGAGCAGGUCAUCUUCACAGACCUGUUCCCCCCACUCUGCAAACGCAUGAAGGUGCAGAUCCGAGACUCCGACAAGGUCAACGACGUGGCCAUCGGCACCCACUUCAUCGACCUGCGCAAGAUUUCCAACGAUGGAGACAGAGGCUUCCUGCCCACACUGGGCCCAGCCUGGGUGAACAUGUACGGCUCCACACGCAACUACACGCUGCUGGACGAGCACCAGGACCUGAACGAGGGCCUGGGGGAGGGCGUGUCCUUCCGUGCCCGCCUCAUGCUGGCCCUGGCUGUGGAAAUCCUGGACACCUCCAACCCCGAGCUCACCAGCUCCACAGAGGUGCAGGUGGAGCAGGCCACGCCUGUCUCAGAGAGCUGCACAGGGAAAAUGGAAGAAUUCUUUCUAUUUGGAGCCUUCCUGGAGGCCUCAAUGAUCGACAGGAAGAACGGAGACAAGCCAAUCACCUUUGAGGUGACCAUAGGCAACUAUGGGAACGAAGUUGACGGCCUAUCAAGACCCCAGCGGCCUCGGCCCAGAAAGGAACCCGGGAACGAGGAGGAAGUAGAUCUGAUCCAGAACUCCAGUGACGAUGAGGGUGAUGAUGGCGGAGACCUGGCCUCAGUGUCCUCCACCCCGCCCAUGCGGCCCCAGAUCACAGAUAGGAACUACUUCCAUCUGCCCUAUCUGGAGCGCAAGCCCUGCAUCUACAUCAAGAGCUGGUGGCCAGACCAGCGUCGCCGCCUCUACAACGCCAACAUCAUGGACCACAUCGCUGACAAGCUGGAAGAAGGACUGAAUGACGUGCAGGAGAUGAUCAAAACGGAGAAGUCCUAUCCUGAGCGCCGCCUGCGGGGAGUCCUGGAGGAGCUCAGCUGUGGCUGCCACCGCUUCCUCUCCCUCGCUGACAAGGACCAGGGCCACUCGUCAUGCACCAGGCUGGAUCGGGAGCGCCUCAAGUCCUGCAUGAGGGAGCUGGAGAGCAUGGGGCAGCAGGCCAGGAGCCUGCGGGCUCAGGUGAAGCGGCACACGGUGCGUGACAAGCUGAGGCUGUGCCAGAACUUCCUACAGAAGCUGCGCUUCCUGGCAGACGAGCCCCAGCACAGCAUCCCUGACGUCUUCAUCUGGAUGAUGAGCAGCAACAAGCGGGUCGCCUAUGCCCGGGUACCCUCCAAGGACCUGCUCUUCUCCAUUGUGGAGGAGGAGCUGGGCAAGGACUGUGCCAAGGUCAAGACGCUCUUCCUCAAGCUGCCAGGGAAGCGGGGCUUCGGCUCAGCAGGCUGGACAGUGCAGGCCAAGCUGGAGCUCUACCUGUGGCUGGGCCUCAGCAAGCAGCGGAAGGACUUCCUGUGUGGCCUGCCCUGCGGCUUCGAAGAGGUCAAGGCGGCCCAGGGCCUGGGACUUCACUCCUUCCCGCCCAUCAGCCUGGUCUACACCAAGAAGCAGGCCUUCCAGCUCCGAGCUCACAUGUACCAGGCCCGCAGCCUCUUUGCCGCGGACAGCAGUGGUCUUUCUGAUCCCUUCGCCCGCGUCUUCUUCAUCAACCAGAGCCAGUGCACGGAGGUGCUGAAUGAGACACUGUGUCCCACCUGGGAUCAGAUGCUGGUGUUUGACAACCUGGAGCUGUAUGGAGAAGCCCAGGAGUUGCGGGAUGAUCCCCCCAUCAUUGUCAUUGAAAUCUAUGACCAGGACAGCAUGGGCAAAGCCGACUUCAUGGGUCGGACCUUCGCCAAGCCCCUGGUGAAGAUGGCAGAUGAGGCAUACUGCCCACCCCGCUUCCCGCCCCAGCUCGAGUACUACCAGAUCUACCGCGGCAACGCCACAGCCGGAGACCUACUGGCUGCCUUCGAGCUGCUGCAGAUUGGACCGGCAGGAAAGGCCGACCUGCCCCCGAUCAAUGGCCCGGUGGAUGUGGACCGAGGGCCCAUCAUGCCUGUGCCUGUGGGCAUCCGGCCCGUGCUCAGCAAGUACCGGGUGGAGGUGCUGUUCUGGGGCCUUCGGGACCUGAAACGGGUGAACCUGGCCCAGGUGGACCGACCGCGCGUGGACAUCGAGUGUGCAGGGAAGGGGGUGCAGUCAUCCCUGAUCCACAAUUACAAGAAGAACCCCAACUUCAAUACCCUGGUCAAGUGGUUUGAAGUGGACCUGCCAGAGAAUGAGCUACUGCACCCGCCCCUGAACAUCCGCGUGGUGGACUGUCGCGCCUUCGGCCGCUACACACUGGUGGGCUCCCACGCCGUCAGCUCCUUGCGGCGCUUCAUCUACCGGCCCCCGGACUGCUCGGCCCCCAGCUGGAACAGCACUGUGAGGCAUCUCCAGGGCUGCCAUGGGCUAUGCAAUGGGGGACCCUUCUCUUACCCCACAGGGGAGGUUGUGGUGAGCAUGGAACCAGAGGUGCCCAUCAAGAAACUGGAGACCAUGGUGAAGCUGGACGCGACUUCUGAUGCCAUCAUCAAGGUGGAUGUGGCUGAAGAGGAGAAGGAGAAGAAGAAGAAGAGGAAGAAAGGCACCGCCGAGGAGCCAGAGGAAGAGGAGCCAGACGAGAGCAUGCUGGACUGGUGGUCCAAGUACUUUGCCUCCAUCGACACCAUGAAGGAGCAACUUCGACAACAAGAGGUCUCAGGGAUUGACGGGGAGGACAAGGAGGAGAUGGACAGCGCAGAGGGCCUAAAGGGGCCAAUGAAGGGCAAGGAGAAGGCAAGGGCUGCAAAGGAGGAGAAGAAGAAGAGAACCCAGGGCCCCGGCCCCGGCCCCGGCCAAGGGUCUGAGGCACCGGAGAAGAAGAAACCCAAGAUUGAUGAGCUGAAGGUGUACCCCAAGGAGCUGGAAUCAGAGUUCAAUAACUUCGAGGACUGGCUGCACACCUUCAACCUGCUGCGGGGCAAGACGGGGGACGAUGAGGACGGAUCCACCGAGGAAGAGCGCACUGUGGGCCGGUUCAAGGGCUCCCUCUGUGUGUACAAAGUGCCACUCCCAGAGGAUGUUUCCAGGGAAGCGGGUUACGAUCCCACCUACGGCAUGUUCCAGGGCAUCCCGAGCAAUGACCCCAUCAACGUGCUGGUCCGAGUCUAUGUGGUCCGGGCCACAGACCUGCACCCUGCGGACAUCAACGGCAAGGCUGACCCCUACAUUGCCAUCCGGCUGGGCAAGACUGACAUCCGUGACAAAGAGAACUACAUCUCCAAGCAGCUCAACCCGGUCUUUGGGAAGUCCUUCGACAUCGAGGCCUCCUUCCCCAUGGAAUCCAUGCUGACAGUGGCUGUGUACGACUGGGAUCUUGUGGGCACCGACGACCUCAUUGGGGAAACCAAGAUCGACCUAGAGAACCGCUUCUACAGCAAGCACCGCGCCACCUGCGGGAUCGCCCACACCUACUCCAUACAUGGCUACAAUAUCUGGAGGGACCCUAUGAAGCCAAGCCAGAUCCUGACACGCCUCUGUAAAGAGGGCAAAGUAGACGGUCCCCACUUCGGGCCCCCUGGGCGAGUGAAGGUGGCCAACCGUGUGUUCACCGGGCCCUCUGAGAUCGAGGAUGAAAACGGUCAGAGGAAGCCCACGGAUGAGCACGUGGCCCUGUCUGCCCUGAGGCACUGGGAGGACAUCCCCCGCGUGGGCUGCCGCCUGGUGCCAGAACAUGUGGAAACCAGGCCACUGCUGAACCCCGACAAGCCAGGAAUAGAGCAGGGUCGCCUGGAGCUGUGGGUGGACAUGUUCCCCAUGGACAUGCCAGCCCCUGGAACGCCUCUGGACAUCUCCCCCAGGAAGCCCAAGAAGUACGAGCUGCGGGUCAUCGUGUGGAACACGGACGAGGUGGUCCUGGAGGACGAUGACUUCUUCACUGGCGAGAAGUCCAGUGACAUUUUUGUCCGGGGGUGGCUCAAGGGCCAGCAGGAGGACAAGCAGGACACGGACGUCCACUAUCACUCCCUCACUGGUGAGGGCAACUUCAACUGGCGCUACCUGUUCCCCUUCGACUACCUGGCAGCUGAGGAGAAAAUCGUCAUCUCCAAGAAGGAGUCCAUGUUCUCCUGGGAUGAGACUGAGUACAAGAUCCCCGCGCGGCUCACCCUGCAGAUCUGGGACGCUGACCACUUCUCAGCAGACGACUUCCUGGGGGCCAUCGAGCUGGACCUGAACCGGUUCCCGCGGGGCGCCAAGACAGCCAAGCAGUGCACCAUGGAGAUGGCCACCGGGGAGGUGGACGUGCCCCUGGUUUCCAUCUUCAAGCAGAAGCGGGUCAAAGGCUGGUGGCCACUCCUGGCCCGCAAUGAGAAUGACGAGUUCGAGCUCACGGGCAAAGUGGAGGCGGAGCUGCAUUUGCUGACAGCAGAGGAGGCUGAGAAGAAUCCAGUGGGCCUGGCCCGCAACGAACCUGACCCCCUAGAGAAACCCAACCGGCCCGACACGGCCUUCGUCUGGUUCCUCAACCCGCUCAAGUCCAUCAAGUACCUCAUCUGCACCCGGUACAAGUGGCUCAUCAUCAAGAUCGUGCUGGCGCUGCUGGGGCUGCUCAUGCUGGGCCUCUUCCUCUACAGCCUCCCCGGCUACAUGGUCAAGAAGCUGCUAGGGGCGUGAGGCUCUGCCACCUCCCUCCGGCACCCCUCCAGCCCCUGCUGCUGUUCCCUUCCUGCAGCCUGGACUCUCUCCUCCCUCCCUGGGGAGCCUGAAGAGCCCCACGUCCACCCUCCAAGCCUUGGGCCGGGCCCUGCCUCCUGCCUGCCAGGCUGCCAUCCACACUGCCCAGACUGCUGUGUGCCCAACCCUGCCCCUCAGAUCCUGCCUGGGGGCCAGGGAGCCCGGGAAGAGGUGGGGACCUGGAGCAGGUCCCUCUUGCCCCACUGCUGGGGUCCCACCCUCCUUCAAGCCCUGCUCCAAACCCUCCCCUGGGGUUCCUGAGCCCAGGAUUAAAACUUUAAUGAGAUUAACCAAGGAUCACAGGCCAGUCCCAGGGCUCUGCAAAGAAUGAAGGAGCAAGAGGGCACCACCACCCAGUCCUGUGAGCGCAGCCGACGCCACCAGUCCUGCCCCAAAGCCCCAGGGCAGCUGCCGCGUCCACCCACGCUCCGCUUGGCUCCUGCCCCUUCCCAGGCAGCCACCUGUCUACAGGUGCCCAGCCCAGGCCCCUCUGCCCAGGCGGUGCUCGCAAGCCCAGACAGGAGCACUGAGCUGGGCCCAUGUCACCACGGCCCCACCCGCGAGGCAGUCCUGCCCUGCCCAGCAGCUGCUGCCAGGAGUUUGAGCUUCAAGUGCUGCCCCUGCCUGCGACUGGGUUUCUCUUGGCUGUUUGUCCUUUCCUGAGUGUGAUUUUUCUCUUAAUAAAAUAAAUCGAACACUGAGCUGACAAGUCUGUGUUGAUACAGUGAAGGGAAAGCCACCUCCGUGGGGCACAGGUCAGCGGACACGCUGGGUUGGUCAACUCUUCCCUUGUGGUGGCCUCUCGUGGCCCAGGGAUCAAGAUGAGCCUCAGGAACAGGGCUGCCUGCUCAGGCAGCUCACAGGAGGAGUCUCCCCAGCCCAGAAGGCACACCAGGAUGUACGGAGGGCCCCAAGUGCACAGAAAAUGUCCCUCGGGCCUGGAGACAAUCUGAAGGCUCAUGACCCUAUAAGAGCUCCAGCCUCCACCCAUAGAAACCAGCUGCCCCUGCUCUUCCUCAAAUACUGCAACCAUAACCCCCCGCCUCUUUCUUUCCCUUUUGUUCCUGCAAAGAUAAAGGAAAUGAUAAACUCCUUGGAGUACAUUUAUAAAGUAGUACAUUUCUAAUAUAUUUAUUCAGGUUCUUACCUUCUGCUGUACAUGAGUAGACAGAAAUGCCUCUGUUACAAAAAUGAGGAAACCAUUUAUCCCUGGAUUUUGGCUUGCCAGUGUUCUUUUUUUAUUCAUGUAUGUUCUCAAAAUCUCAUGUGUGCUGUGCUAACUCAUGAAGUUUCUUCUUGGAUUCCUGAUUUGAUUGACUUAAUUAUACAUGACCUAACUAUACUCGAAUAUUACGAAAAUAAAAGGGUAAAAGUAAAUUA